CAUUGACAUCUUGGAUGACAUGGGGGUGAGUAAAUUAUCAGCAAAAGUUUUCUUUAAGGGUAGGUUAACUGGUCGGGUGGGGCAUGGUGUGGCCCUGGCAUCCCAAUAUAGUGAAUAAUGUUGUACUCCUGUGAGUUUAUUCAGGGACAUCCCCUGUUCUGAUGAGUAAAUGUUGCAAAAAUGAUCUGCUUUACAUUCAUCACAUCUACUCUACAUUUCAAAAACAUUUAUUUCUGGUUUAAGAUUGCAGUUAUGUCAAAUGAGUUUUCAUUUUUCUGUUCUGUUUGAAAGCCUUUUUUUUAAUGAAGGCCAAAUGGAAACUUAAGGAUUUCCCUAAAAUUCUCAAUAUACACCAAUUUCACUUUCACUUUUAGUUUCAGAAGUGCCAUUCAUGGUGGAUUAUAUUUCUCGCAUUGUCAGUAGAUUAUACUCUGCCUAGCUGAUGAUAAUUUAAGCCAAUUCACAGGGCUAAUUUGGAGUCCAGAUUCAAGGAAACAAAGAAGAGGCUGUUGAUUUUAACUGUUUAAAACAGUGCAAAAAUGGCAUUGACACGUGAACAAUUUUAUAACAAAGCGAUCAGGCCAAAUUCGGCUCGCUUUUCAUUAACGAUCAAAGUGAAAGCUAUCUUACCUCACCUGCCAUGCCUCACACUCACUGAUAAGGAAGAGAUCGAAGCCAAGAGAGAAACUUCUGGAAACUACACUGCUGUGCAGACACUUCUGGACAAUCUAUGCAGACGAGAUAACUGGCCAGAGGAGUUCAUCACUGCCCUGGAGAACUGUGAACAUAAGGAACUGGCCGCUGAGAUGAGAACUGCUUAUGACACGAUUAGAGGAAUCACAGAUAAUGCAGCUUCUGCUGCUCCUGUGCCCAGACCUGCACCUACUCCAGCUCCUUCUCAUUCUCCAGCUGGUGCCCCAGCAACCGUAAUCACAGCAACAAUUCAUACUGUCCCAGCGACCACUUCUUCUUUGCUGAUUCCACCCGCAGGGGACGUCCCAGCACAUUCAGCUACCCUUUCCAACAUGGCAGCACCAGAACCAUCUCCUGCUCCUGCUCCUGUUCUCGAAGUUCCAGAGACACAGCAAGUGCAAAAACUUCCUACUCCGGUUCCAGCACCUUCUCUUGAACCAGUAUGCCCAGCUGAAAAUGCACCUCUGGUUGUUGCUCCUUCCCAAACACCUCCCCCUGCUGAAGUCUCAGUCUCCAAAGUCCCAACCCACACAGGGCCUGCUGUGAACAAAACGCCUGUUUUAGAUACUCCAGAUGGCUUGGCUUUAACAGAACAAACCACCAACUCCUCAUCAACUGGUGAAACUCUCCUCUCCACCUCAAGUGCUCAAGCAUCCUCCUCAAACACCUCUCAAAUUCAAAUUACACAGCCUUGCACCACCUCCCAGAGUUCUCAGAUGUCAGAGAAGAUCCAAGUGGCAAUCGCAGUCAAGGACACCAACACAUCUGUGAAUGUCCCUGUCCAAGAAACUAAUCUCCCAAUGAGAGAGGAAAGGACAAUUCAGGGGCCUGAAGAGAUCUCUGACCCAACUGCAAACGAGCAUGUUCAGAGGAACAACACUGCUGGAUUACCAGUUUUGAAUGGCCAAACAAAUUCGACUAGAACAGGUCAGGCAACAUCAUCUGCACCUACUGAUGACUCUCCCUCUUCCAUCGACCAGGAAUAUUUCAGCAAACCUGGCAUCCUUCAGCAUCCAGAACCCCAGCAGAACAGAGCAGAGACUCUUCCUGACGUCCCAGAAGAGCCUUGCUCAGUUGUUUCAGGAGAUUUGGAGAUCAGCAGAGAAACAGAGUGUUCCACAGAACCUCGACGGUCUCCUAGUCUUGCAGAGCAGACCUCCACUCCCUAUACCUCCCUUGAUUCUGCCUCUCAGUCCUUAAAUUACAUUGCUGCUCCUUCAACACCCAACCAGCCAGAGGAAGACCACUACGAAUCUUUCUGUGAUAGUCGGACACUGGUCAACGUAAUCCGGUUUUCUGAGGAGCCACCUGCUGAAAAUCUGAAUGGUCAGCCACCAAGCAUGCUGCAACGUAGCCGAGACCAGCAUACCCUGAACCAUAGUGGCACAGAAAAUGUAGUUCCUCCCAGUGAUCCAUCUGGGCAUGAUUCAGAGAAGAAGUCAGCCAACAUCAACUACCAAGAGCAAGAAUCUAAUGCUAGGCCAGCAACUAUUCAACAGCCAGAGCUGAGAGAAGAGGGCUGUGCAAAGUUAUUCAGGUUAAACAACUUCCAAUUCAUUGCUGCUGCUACAGCUGCUGGGGUUGCUCUGUCUGCUGUUUUCUUGGCCUGGAAGAUCAAGCAAUAACUGAAAAGGUCUUAAAAUGAUAGUUCACCCCAAAAUAUAUAUUUUUUUUUCAUUAUAGACUCACCCUCAUGUUUCAUGAAACCCAUAAAUCAAUUUUUUGUUGUUGAAGAACCACAAAAAGGACUUAUUAAGAAGAAUGUCCAGGCUGCUCUUUUCCAAAGAACAACAGUGGAUAGUAACUUCUGCUGUCAAGUUUAGAAAAAUGACAAAACAUACCAUAACACUAUAUACCAAGUAUUUUAAAGCCGGAGCAGACUGAAAUUUUAGUUACUCACUGAAAAUCUUGCCUUCAAUCCUACAUAACUUCUGUCACCAAACUCUUUUGUGGUUUCAACCUUAUGUAUUUAUAUGUUUGGGGCUAUAUAUAGUACUUGUCUGCCAUGUGCCUAAUGCAUGCCUUCCUUGCAUGCCAGGGCAAGGCCUUUAAUGAAUUUGACUGCCGUUGCACCUGUAAAAUCAGAUUCACUGAUAAUAAAUGGAGUGUCAUGUACUUUUUAAAUAAUUUGUAGAAACUAUCUUGACAGGUACAACAUUGUACAACAAUUGGUUGUAUUGACACUGUACAACUAUCUUGACUAUCAUCAUUGUAUCAUUGUACAACUAUCUUGACAUUGUACAACCAUUGGUUGUAUUGUCAAUUGUAUAACAUGGCAAGAAUAUAUCCUGUGUGACAUGAAUAUAAGGAGCUGUUGCAUAACCUCUAUUGGACAAUAAUAGAAAGCUCAUUUGGAGCACUUUCUCAAGCAUUAUGUUAUAGACUGUACAGUUGUUCCAACCCUCUCCGUUAGCCCCCUCACGGGAGAUUCUGCAGCAGUUUUUGUUCUCAAAUGUUUCUUAUUUCUCGUGAAUCCUCAUUCACAGACACCUCAUUCACAGACACCUCAGUGAACUAUUUAAUUCAUCACUGUCCUGUACUUUGAAGGCAGUUUGACCUGUGAGACUGUCCAACAGACACUUUCUAUUUUACUGAAACAUCCAAGCAUACACACAUGCACACUUUUUGGUGGGAGGGAGGAACAAUCUUCAAGGGUAGGAAAUCCAUUAAAUAGCCUCUAUACGCUAUUCAAAUUUCAUACAUAAUUGUUAUUUUAAAAUAUAUGUUGUGUCCCCCUCCCAUUAAAUAUAGGCCAUUUCCACCACUAUAUAUACAUCAUUUUUGUCAAAUGCAUUUUUUAAAUUGUAUAAAUUGCAUACAUUUUUUAUGACUUUUUUAUAAUUAACAGAGUGCACUUUAAUGCCCAAUGUCACAGACCAGGCUUAAGCCUAGGCCCAAACUACAAUGCAAGCUGUCUUCAUUGAAAGCAACGUGCACUGACAUAUCUUUAAAAUAUAUAAGUGGCAUUGUUUUGUCUCAAAAUACACACGAGUAAUAUUUUUUUAAAGGUACGUUUAUAUUAGCUAAUUAAAUGUUCUAACAUAACUAAGGCCCAAUCCUGUCCAAAUCUAAGCCCUUUCUGUGAAACUAGGCCUACAUGUUAUAUUUUAAUCAGCAAUUGCACUUGUAUCUACACUUUUUGAUAUGAAGUUUAGACAUGUAUGAUUGAACAUGAUUUUAAAUGCACUGUGUGGGAUCGUUACUACUGAUAUUUUUAAGUACCGGUAUUAACUCUGGGCCUUUAUUUUACGGAAAUAUUUAUACUUAUGCUAAACUUUCUCGGGUUUUUUUUUUUUUUUUUUUUGGGUGUGUACUGGUCAUUCUUAAUCAUGUGCAGUCUUAAUGAUCUCCAGGCAGGAAUGCUUCUGAAAUAAAAUGUUUUACCUUG